GUUCGCGGGGCUCCCGGUGGUUCACUGCGACCCCAAACCAGGCGGCGGCGGCGGCGCAAAGGUGGCUGAAGGGCUGGCACAGGCACCAACGGCAGCAAAGUCCUCUGACCGAAGAUGCAUAGGAUAUUGGCCAUAGUUGUUUGGUGCUUUCUGCAAGUGGAAGGAAGGCAUCCAGAAAUCGCCACUGGUAGCAGCAACAAUGGCAAUUUCUUGGACAAUGACAAAUGGCUGAGCACUGUUUCCCAAUAUGACAAAGAUAAAUAUUGGAACAAGUUCAGAGAUGAUGAUUAUUUCAGAAACUGGAAUCCAAACAAGCCUUUUGAUCAAGCUCUUGAUCCAUCCAAAGACCCGUGUUUGAAGGUAAAGUGCAGCCCACAUAAAGUUUGCGUCACCCACGACUACGAGACGGCCAUUUGUGUAAGCCGCAAACAGCUAGUACACAGCCUUCGGCAGAAGAAAGAAAGCCUUCCCCAGAGACAUUGGAUUGGACCAGCCAAUUUAGUAAAAUGCAAGCCAUGUCCUCUGUCGCAUGCCAGCUCUGUUUGUGGUUCUGAUGGACAUACUUACACAACCAAGUGCAAGUUGGAGUUUCAUGCCUGUACAUCUGGCAAAAAAAUUGCAGCGCGCUGUGAAGGGCCUUGCCCAUGCCUUCCAGGACAAGAAAGUCCAAAACACAAGACAGAAAAAAAUGCAGCUUGCACAGACAAGGAGCUGAGGAACCUCGCAUCCCGUCUAAAAGAUUGGUUUGGCGCCCUUCAUGAAGAUGCAAACCGUGUAAUCAAGCCAACAAGCUCAGAUUCAGCACAAGGCAGAUUUGACACUAGCAUAUUACCAAUCUGUAAGGAUUCAUUGGGCUGGAUGUUCAACAAACUGGAUAUGAACUAUGACCUUCUCCUCGAUCACUCCGAGAUCAAUGCCAUUUAUCUUGAUAAGUAUGAGCCAUGCAUUAAACCGCUCUUCAAUUCCUGUGACUCAUUUAAAGAUGGGAAGCUUUCAAACAAUGAAUGGUGCUACUGCUUUCAGAAGCCUGGAGGUCUCCCUUGCCAGAAUGAAAUGAACAGAAUUCAAAAGCUGGGCAAGGGGAAGAGCCUGAUGGGUUCUUUCAUUCCACGGUGCAACGAGGAAGGCUAUUACAAAGCAACUCAGUGUCAUGGAAGUACUGGCCAGUGUUGGUGUGUUGAUAAGUAUGGAAAUGAGAUAGCUGGCUCAAGGAAGCAAGGGACUGUUAGCUGUGAAGAAGAGCAAGAAACUUCAGGGGAUUUCGGUAGUGGCGGAUCAGUGAUAUUAUUGGAUGAUCUGGAAGAGGAACAUGAAGCAGCAAAAAAGGACAAAGAAGGGAAACAAAAGAUCCAUGUAAGAGCAGCUAAUGAUGAUGAUGAAGAUGAAGAUGAUGAAAAGGAUGAUGAAAUUGGCUAUAUAUGGUAGUUCCUAUAGCUCUGAGGACUCAUGUUUUGCACAAUAUCACAAGUCAUUUCGUAUCUUUGCAAUGAUAACUGAAACAUCAGGCAUCGCACAUGGAGUUCAGUCUAAAGCCGUUUGGGCAUUCCAAUAUGCACACCAACCUCCCUUGCAAUUGGGCUUCCCUUUCACUUUAUUGCUGGGCAUAACUCCACAAGCACAAUGGAGAUUAGCAUGCAAAGCUGAACCUGACAUUGAAGUGAACUGGGAAGACCUUUCACAUGCGGGAGCUCCUUUCACAUGUGGGAUGACUUUGCACAUACAUGUGCAUUGGAGCUCCUGUGCCCAGCAAACUGCUGAAUGGAGAAAGUUAUCUCUCCACUUCAUUUAAUUUUGUACACUGCGUUUAAUUUGAACGACAGCUUUCCCUCUUCACUAGCUACUGUUUGGAAUAACAGUUAGCAUUGCCCUCUUUUAUUGGCAUGGUGACGCCUUUUGUUUAGUCAAACUUUCAUAGUUUAAUCUACUCACAUGGUACAUCUUUUUUUUUAAUACGGAACACAGCAGGGGAGUCAACACAUCCAAGCAACAGUCCUCUGCUUCUUUUAUGUUAUCAAUAUUGGAAUUUUGAAUUAAUUGACCUCUUUUAUUGUAUCAUUUGUUAUUAGUUACCACUGUGCUGUCCUACUUCAAUGUUAAAAGCAGGUGGUUCUUUUGUCUUCUUGCCAUCUGGAACUUGUUACAAAAAAAAUCAACUUGUUAGCAUUCUGGUUUGGCUUUAAGCCAGAAAGAAUUUCAUUUUAGUUCCUCCUCACAGUCUGUACCAAUGGAUUGCAGAGGCUGACUCCUACAGAACACAGUUAAAGUUCUCCCCAUUGAGUAAGAGAGUGCAGGAAAAAGAUCCCAGGUGACCUUCUCUGCCAAUAUCAAUUCAAUUUAAGUUAAUUAACGUGAUCGUGAUUUGAGAAAUCUUGAUGACUAGCAUACUCUGCACAUAAACACACACACUUUUAGCAAGAGGAAUUGCUUUUCAAAACAUGUGAGGAAGGAAUGCUUUGCAAAUACACUUCUUUAUUCCUUUGCAAUCAUUUUGCAGGCUUGCAGGUCUUGGAUUUUGCUUUGAUCAAGUUUGCACUAAUGCUAUGCAAGCUGCCUCCGCUUCCUGAAUAGUAUACCAUUGGAUUUGCUGAAAAUGCUUUUUCUUCAUUUACUCUAAAUGAUUCCUCAUUUGGAAGCGCUGAAGCUGUCAGAGGCACUAACCAUCAAAAGUAAUAAGCUGUCUUUCCUUUAUUUAAAAUUGUUAAUAUUUAUUUGCUCUGUUUUAAAAGAAAAACAUCCUUAGGCAGCUGGGUCUAUGGUUAAUAUCACUUCUGGUUAAUAUGAUAUGUGAUACUUACACUUACAAACCAGAAGAAUGUGUUUAAAAUUAUUCCAUAGGCCUCUCCCACAUAGUUAUAUCUCCAUAGCAGCAACUCAUUGUUCCCUAUUGCCAUUCAGUGUGGGAAAAUGAAUGUGUCACUGCAAGACCUUUUAUUAUGUUUGUUAUCCACAUGAGGACAAAACAUGAUGAGCAUGUAUGAGAGCUGGGGGGGGGGCAGGGAUGGUAACAAGCCUCGGGGUUUUUUCCCCUCCUCAUUAAAUUCAAGGGAGUAACUGCCAGACAGGUCUUAAAUUCUGCAAACACUAAGGGCCAUAUCCACUUUUGUCUAUCAGGGCAAAUAUAGUGCUGUUAUACCAGGAAAAUAAAACAUGGCCUGUACACUUUAAAGAAAGCUUAUAUUUCUGUGAGAAAGCGCUACUUUUUUAGUGUGAAUUUCUGUACAGUUUUCAGGCAGCCACACAAUGGUAUCAACCCUUGGCCCAUUGUUUGCUGUGUGUGUAAUACUUUGCUUCUUUAUGCAUUUUGCUUCUGGUGUGAUAAGGUCUAGGGUUGCUUCUUUUUCUGUUUUUUAAAAGAUUUGUCUCGUAAUGUCU